AUGAUUGUAGGAUUGGACGCCUAUUACGAUCUUCUUCUCGAUGGAAUCAUCCGUCUUGGUCCCGGAAGACCUGUUUUGCAGAAUACCCUACUGGGUUGGGUCGUUUCCGGACGAGUUGGAGAUGGCCGUUCAAAUCCAGAAAUUAUUAGCAUAGUUAGCGUUUGUAGUACACAAGAUCUGGAUGAACAACUGUCCAGAUUUUGGGAGCUGGAAUCAUGUCAGUCUUCUAGUACAAUGUCGGUAGAAGAAUCGGCAUGUGAAUCUCACUUCGCCUCCACCACAAGAAGAAAUAAAGGUGGCCGGUUCGUGCUGCAGCAGCCAAAGAAGCCAUCCGUCCUAUCUCUGAUGGGAAAUUCGUACGAAAUAGCCAGGAGCCGCUUUCUCGCAGUUGAGCGUCGAUUACAAGCUCAUCCCCUGCUCAAGGUUGCCUACUCGGCCUUCAUCGAGGAAUACGAACUUUUGGGUGAAGGAAGUUACGUCGGAGCCGAUUCGUGCCUUCGAGCUCACGACGGUGACUUACGGAACUUCAGCUGCGCCGUAUUUGGCGAUACGGUGCCUGCAGGAGUUCUCCAAGCUGGGUCGUCGUGA